CUGCUGCCAGUGGAGGUGAGAACGUCAGUGUCCCUCCCUUGGGUUACAAGAAGUGGGGAUUGGUCGACCAAGUUGUGGUAGCUGACUGUGUUGCGCCAGGUGUUACCCCUCCCUUCAUGUAUGACCACAUGUCCCACACCUCGCUUUCUAAAGGCUGUAAUCAUACUUUCACACCAGGUGUUCCUGCAACGUCCUUACUAGUUACUGUUGGUCGUGUGCCUUUUGUUGGAUUUCUGUGUGCUCAUGAGGGUACUGCGCCUCCCUUUGUUGCUGAUGUUGCCUUGCAUUAUGCGAAUAAGUUGAAAGACGCCUUAGUGUCAGCAGCAAGUGGAUGGCUUUUUGGAAAAAGCAAAGGUAAAGACCCUGAAAAAUCAAAUCAUAAGCCAAAAAUCGAGCCAGCAACUCCUUUACCUUGCAAGUCGUCAGUUCCAGAUAAGAGACGCACUGGGUUAUCUGUAAGUUUAGCUGCUGGUCGGAGACUAGCUGCAGUAACAGACGACUUUGGUCGAGUAACUCUCAUCGACGUGAACAGAGGCAUCUGCCUUCGUAUGUGGAAAGGCUAUAGGGAUGCAGACUGCGGAUGGCUGGAUGUGGAGAGUGAGUGGGGAGGGUCUAAGAGGCGGGUAUCAUUCCUGCUUAUUUAUGCACCACGGCGAGGCUUAUUAGAAGUCUGGACUCCCCAGCAGGGACCUAGAGUAGCUGCUUUUAAUGUGCCAAAGUAUUCUAGGCUUAUAUACACCCCACAUACACUCCUUGGUGUAAAUAGUGUGCGAGGUGUACGUUGUAAAGUUUUUCCUGUGAUUUUUGUUACUCAGGACGGGACCAUUAGUGAGAUUUCUAUUCCGUUCCAUCUAGCUUUAGGUGGUAAAACUAGUAAACGUGCCAGAGAUCUUCACCUUGUAAAGACACUUAAGUCUCAGCUGAAAAAUGGCAAUGAAGAGGAAGUUAUGGCCACUAUGGCAGAAAUAAAGACACUGGGUGUUCGGAAACAAGCUAUAAUGACGUUUGUCAUGUCUCAACACCUUACUACCACAUUGCUACAGGCUGUUUUGGAAUACUUUCUACCACUUUACAAUUUAACUGAAGAGGAAGGUAGUUCAGGAGAUGCCAUCCCAACUCAAGACCAUGAGAGUCGUCUUCUCGGUCAACAACUGUUGCGGUUAAGACAGCUGCUGUCUCUCUACUCGGUUCUCUGUGAACUCCAUAGUGUCAGAGAAGCAUCUCCUGAUCCAGAUGAUGAAAUUAUAGUUUUGGAACUUGCUAAAUUAUUGGUGCUGACCCCAGAGGAGACCAAGACAGUGCUGUUAACAUUUCAGCAUCCUGACUUGAAUAAACCUUCUGGCACAAAAAAGGUAAAAUUUUCAGAUGUCCAUCCAAAUAUCAGUAUUGGUUCAUUUCUCCGCUGUUGGGACGUGUCUGUUGGUGCAUUAGUGAAGGGUGCAAAUACAGCAAUUCUUCCUGUUAAUUUGAAAGGAGAUAUUAAUUAUGAGAAGAAAUUAAAACUGGGCGAGUUUCUGUACGGAUGGGCCUGGCAUCGGGAAAGUGUUAAAUCCUUCGGUGCUGCUAUCCAGUCUAGCGGUGCUAAUCCUGAGUCAUUACUACAUGUUGCCUUAGUCCACUGGACACUUUGCCCUCAUCCCGACACAGUUGCUACUCUUCACUUUGGAACAAUAUUGCAUUCGCUCUCAAGAAUGGCAGGUGAGAAAGUUCUGUGUGAUAUAAGCUCUCAGAGUCCCUGGUGGAGUGCAGUGCGAGAUAAACUAUUAGCUUCGACACAGCCAUUCCAUGCCUGCAUAGCUGCUCUCUUAUGUAGGGGUGUCCAUGCUAGGCUGGAAAUUUAUUUCCAGCAGGCUGCCGAACAAGAAAUUAAGCUUAGAAGCAAAGUGGACCCUGAUGCUGAUAGUCAGAAAGAACCUGCGGAAGAGAACGAUCAGCAACCUAAAGAACAUUACUCUUCUCUCAACGAUUGGGAAGGGCUCUCCAUGGAAAUGGUUGAAUGGAAUCUAGUCAUAAAUCAGCUUGAGUCCCUUUUACCAUUACAUCUUCUUCUGUCACACUUUCCUCCAAAUGGACCUGACAGGCAGCCCAAACUAGAUGUCUCCGUGAAAGCUUUAUUAGAAAAAGGAAGAGGGUUUGUUGGAGAACUGAUAGCUAACUGGUUUAUUGGCUCUGGCCUUCCUUUGGACACAGUAGAGCGUUUGCUUAGAAAGCAAGACAAGUUAAGAGAGAGAAGGUCUGUUGAAGAUCAGGAACCAGAUGUUCCCUGUCAAGAAGAAAAAGAUGCAUCUGAUAAGGUUGAAAAGGCUGAACCCACAGAAGAUGAUGACAACAUGGAAAUCAUGAGGCUUCUUAUAAGGGUCGGUGAGAAGUUUCCUCACUCUGUGGCUGCUGACACUGUCCUUACCAAUAUGGCAUGGGAACUUGCUGCUGCGUGGCACAAAGCAGCAGAUGACACCAAUCUUAUAUCACGAUCAGUGGCUCACAUUGCGAGAAUAAAAAACUCUCAUAUAAGACAUGGGGUUGCACUUAUGAUAUGGGAAACCUGGGUAUGCCAGUGUAUACAGUCAGCUUCAAGUCUCAUGGAUAAAGUUGGUCGGCUGCCAAAGGAUCGUCUGUGUCGUAGAGAUUUGGGGAUUGGAGAGCACAGCAUGUCGUCACUUUUCCAGAUUGUUCUAUUGCUGCUAGAGCAGGUUAUGGAGGCUAAUGUUGUAUGUGAAGUGGAGAAGCCACUCGUGAUGUCACCUGACAGAUUUUGGCUUGGCAUGGAGGGAUCGCCUUCUUUGGUUGAACUAACAGUUAUGCAGAAAAUGUCAUGCUAUGAUUUGGUGUAUCAGCAUUACCAGUUGGUUAUGGUCCUGUUUCUUGUUACUCAUCAUAACCUUAAAUCUGUCAGGCCUUUGUCUUAUGUUGAUGGAAAGGGCCGCAGUGUUUUAUUCAAGCCUCUUACGACAAGUUGGACGAUAGGAGGCUACACUGAAGGGGCUGUUGCCAAAUCUCGAUUAGGACUGUUGUGCCGGGUAAUAACGGCAGCUGUGUCAUCUUUGCCAGAUGACGGAAACCAGAAACAGGAUAAUCCCACAACUAUCCACCAAGUCUUAGACCUUGGAAGGGCGUGGGGAGUAUCAUUAGACGUAUUACACCGACAUUAUAUUUGUGAACUCUAUACAUCUGCACAGGAUACAAUGGCAGAGGAGGCAUUGCCUCUAGUAAAUGAUGGUCCACUCCUGGGGUCUCAACUAGUCAUGAUAGCUGGACAGAGGCUUCAUUACCUACUGGUAACGUCAGAACGAACUGCCCACCACAUGGCUCUCACCUCUCCGACGAUUACUGAAUGGGUGAAAUCUUGUGAUAGUGGAAGUCUACGUUGCCCAGACGUUCCCUUGGACCGAACAUUGCAGUUGCUUACCCGUGCUGUUAAUCUGUUACAAGAUUCCAGUCAAGAAUACAAAAUGGCGACAGCCUUGUACGAUACAGUGUUGGCUUUCCUGAAAGAUAAAAGUAACUCUUAAAUGUAACUAUGCAGAUGGUGGGUUUUGUUAUUAGAUACA